UUUCAGAUACUGAGGAACAUUACUCAACUCAUAGGUGAUGCCAUGUUCACAUAUCCAACAUACAGAGUGGUGAAAGAACAGUUGACUAAAGCUAAGAAUUUCCAGUAUUUUUGUUCCUUUGAAUAUCGCGGUAGGUUCAGUUACAGUUAUUAUCACGGUAGGUUCAAUUAUAGUUAUCACGGUGGUAGUCCAGUCAACCACGGAGUUGCACAUGCUGACGAAUUGCUGUAUCUUCUUCCUGGACCAAAGAUUUGGUAUGGACCCACAGAUUGGGAAUAUAGCGAUGCUGAUUGGAAAAUGGUGGACACGAUGGUUCAGCUGUGGACAUCCUUCGCGACUACUGGAGUACCGGCGACGUUAGAUUCGGAUGAUUCAACGAUUUGGUCUCCCUUUUCGUCUCGUGAUAAUUAUCUUCGUAUUGGUAAUGGACCUGCCGCAGUACUUGAAGUUCAGUAUGGUUUCCACAAAGAACGAAUUCAGGUUUGGGACAAAUUGACCAGGGCUGCGACAUUGAAAUAG